AUGUCUGCCGGAGGUUAUGAUACACCUCAUAUACCUUCUAUCCCGCGAUGGGAUCCUCGACGACCGCCGGGACUCGCAGUCUCCGGCUACGACCGACCAGUGGAUCCCAUGUCUCGUCGCAGGAGUCCUUCGCCAGGUCCCCGGCAGUAUGAUCGCUACGUUCCGCCUCGUCCCGAUCCGCCAUUUCGUGACAAUGCUCCGAAUGUCUACAGGCCAAAUAAUUACCGGCCUGACUACUCAUCCACCUACUAUCCUCGUUCACCUAGCCCCGAUGCAUAUGGCCCACCUUUACGUGACCCUGACGUUUGGAUUCGUGGAUCCUCCUGGAGACCUCCACCACCUCCAGAACUACCAGACGUGUGGCCCGAACGGAAACCGCUUUCUCCUUCCCCAACUACUUUAGGUCACAGAAGUCGGAAUUCUAGAGACGAUGGCCCUUCAAGAAUGUUUGAACCUUCGGAGACUUGGAAGCAGACGCACGUUGAGCGUCCUUCAAGAAUCGAUCCUCCUUCUGCUGACCGCUUUUACGACCGGCGUUCGAGAAUUAACUUAGAGUUGCCGGACAAGCCUAUAAGGACUGACCGUGCGCCUGCAUUUAUACCAGGUGGUGAUCGAUAUCGCCCUGCACCAAAGCGAGAUUCCUUUCCUCCGGGACGCGCAGACACAUAUCGCCCUGCACAAGAUAGUGGCUGGCCCUCUCACCGACGAGAACCUAUCAGUCCUGCCAAUACUCAGAGUCACUUCAGGAAGAAUUCUGGUUCCUUUAGCCAUUCUCGUCCGGUCGAUCGUCACUCUCCUUACUCUGCUCAGUCCGUGACAAGUAAGCCUGCAGUGUCUCCACCCCCACGAGUAGUAUCGCCUGUACACAGUCCAGAUUCCAUAACCCCGAACCCCGACAAUGUCCCUUGGACUUAUUCUUCGUCUCUGGAUCCUGCUAAACGCGAAGCGCCUCCUAGGCAACCGUCUCGGUCGUCCAUAGCUUCUACCCAUGUGUCAGACAGAAAUAGUCCUCUUCCUUCCGUGGAACCUGUUGCUGCCAGUGCCCCUCCAAUCGCUGUGUCGACGAACGUUGUUGGUGCCUCCAAAACUCUUCCCAAACCAAUUUCAGAGGCUCAGAAACCACUUGCGCUUGCCGAAGAUGUAAGAGUGGAAAGUACUCGCUCUGAGACCAAAGAUACGCCCCCUCCUGUUCUUCCUACCGUAAAAGAAUCUACAGCAGAUGUUGCCGUAAAACCAAGUGUGAUUGCUCAUGCGCAGGAGCUGGAUGGAAGGGUUAAAGAGUCUACAGUCAAAGUGAUACAACUGCCCACGCCAGGCCCGAGUCUGACAAACAGGGAGCCGUCGGGAACGCCAGCGGUAAAUGGAAUGCUCCUUGCUACGUCCGAAACGUCCUCGGCUCCCACGAAGGAGCCAAUUCCAGUUGUGUCGGCUGUCGAGCGCCCAUUACAACAGCCCAUACCUGUGAAGCCUCCAACGAACGUCCUCGAGAUCGCGCAGCCCAAACCUUCCCCGAUUCCGGUCGAGCUGUCAUUGAGCGACAAAAACGAUGCCAUGGACACUGACAUCCUCAUCCCCCCAACAACUCACUCCCCUAGUCCGAGUCUGUCUCCCGAGAUUCCUGCGGCUACUAUUCCGAAAGCGCGCACCCCACCACCACUUCAAACCACUUUGCCGAAACCCGAAGACAUACCGCCGUUUUCUGAGGCAAAGACAAAGGAAGAAGCGUUACGAAUAGUAGUCAUGACACGUCUGCUUCGUGAUCGUCAGUCACGCGAGGAACGCGUCGAACCAGUCUUGAUGGCUAAUCAAGCCAUAGCGGCUCCCCCAGAGGUUCAUCCGACAGCGACUCCUGAUACAUUGCUUGAGAAAAUGUACACCGGACAGUGUCUGAAGGAACGGAUGAAUUCCGCGACGGCAACCAAGCCCUUACUGGCGAUGUACCUGGAGCAGCGACGGGCGAUGGUCGACGAGAAGGUGGCUCGGCUGAGAGAGGAGUACCUGACGCUGCAUGAACGAUGGGUUGCACGCUGUAACGCUUUGAACGAGCAACAGAAGACACUAGCUUCAGAGCAUGAGAAUCAGCAUACCGGCCGGACGACGCGUCGCUCGACGGCCUUUACCGACGCUGUCCGCUCAGAUUUCGAGAUGGAGCAGAUCAUCGCGAGUCUAGGGAAUGAUGAUGCAACGGACCCGAACCACCUGUCCAUGCGGAACCUUGCAAAGAUUCCAGACAUGAUUUCAGCGGUCAACGGCAAGGUCGAUUACCUCUUCGACGACACGGCGGGCUUCGUCGAAAACCCCGCAGAGUACUUUGCACCACAUACAGGGAUCGACGACUGGACAGAAGAGGAGAAACAGAUAUUCAUCGACAAGUUUGCCGCCUUCCCGAAGCAAUUCGGGAUCAUCGCAGACUACAUCCCGCACAAGACCGCCGCGCAGUGUGUCGAUUACUACUAUCUGCACAAGAAGAUGUUCAUCGAUUUCCGGCGUGUGGUAUCACAGUUUGCUCCGAACAAGAGGAAGAGAAGAGGCAUGGGCCGGAAGAAGGGGAAUGGACUGCUCGCAGAUAUCGCUAUUCACGAUAUGGAGGUAGGCCGUGCGGGCACAUCCGCGUCUGUUUCUGCUCCGUCUCCCCCUACACGGGCUCCAAGAGGCAGGAAGCCGUUGGGCGCAGCUAAAGGGCCAGCAUCGCGUAGGAAUGCGGUCCAGGUAGAGAACACGCCAGUGAGCACACCGACGCCUGAGCCAGAGUCGAGGCCAAGGAGAGGAAGGCCACCGCACAGCGCUGUCUCUACCUUGAGUAAAUCGGCGACGGCCAAAACGGCGACACCAACGCCAGUGUCGACACCCGCGCCGUCGGCCCCGCCCUCAGCUGCGGCGACGCCGUCCGCAUCUGUCCCUCCUGUUAUCCAGAUCCCCGCUGCACCGAUACUUAUGACAUUCAUCAACACCAGUACGCCUGCAAGUGCAAGUGUCAGUACAGCUCCCACUCCCGCCCCGCCCGUGGAGGACGAUGAAACACCGGAGCGCGAAGUGGAGACCCGUCCUGUGAAGAGAGCAAAGCGGACAAGGAAGAUCAAGUCGGUGGCGAUGAUUUCUGAGGAACCUGGGUCGCCGGGCCCAGAGCCUGAGAUAUCUUUGCCUGCAACUAAUGCAAGUAGUACCAGCCAGGCUCCGACAUCCCGUGGUGGCAAGAAGGAAAAGGGGGCUCUUCCGUCCGUCCAGUGGUCGUCAGAGGAUCAAGGCAAAGUCGUCGCCAGCGCACCGAAACGAUCGCCCACACCGGACCGUUGGAACGAAUUGCCCUUCUCUGCAGCUGAUCCUUCCGCUUCUUCGAUGCCGACAACUCUUCCGGUGCACGCUGUUCCGAAUCAAACCCCUCCGAUGUCGUCUCUUUCAUAUGAUCCGUCUGCAAGGAGUGCCUAUCCACUGUCUGGCCCUUCUCCUUAUGGUGCUAACACAUCUCCUCGAGAUGUGGGCGUGCCUCAACCAUGGACUGUGCCUCCUCUUCCGACGCGAAUACACCACACUCCUGUGCCGCCAUCGCCAUCUACGCAACCUACAUCUUUCAUAGCUCGUAACAUGACUGGCAACAACCCAUCUAUGGACAAUCGGCGCCAUAGCUUGUACAACUCUCCUCCCAGCCGCAACGGGUCGUACCCAUAUUCGAACUCGACAACUUCAGACCCUAGAGGUGGGUACCCGAGCUCAAGUGUCGGGAAAUACCCUGAAGGCAGCGGACCGCCACCACUCCCAACUCGCGCUCCUCCUCCAACUCAAGCGGGCCCUCGUCAGUCCUCGCCUCCCAACCCCACUCGUUCACCAAAGGCACCAAUGAAGUCGCCGGUGCUAGGAAGAGCUCAGCCUAGCUCGACGCCCUCGACGCCUCUGUACGUAACCUCGUCGCCGCCAAUGCCGACAAACGGGCGGCCAGGUUACGUCCCGCCUCCGCUGGCCCCACCUGUGGCAGGUCCGAAUGCGACACCCAUCGUCCACUCGCCGACGGGCAUGUCGCCCAAGCUGCCACCGCAGACACCACAGACGCCAACGCGAGCUCCUGCCACUGUCCACCCGCCGGCGCAAAACAAUCCAGCACAUCACAUCAGCACAUAUGGCGGGUACCCGCCACCACCACCCUCCGGACAAUAUCCAUAUGGAGAGAGCCGCCCACGCUCGGGCUCAACGUCGAGUGCGGGCGGGUGGGGCCAGGCGAGGUAUUAUGCUCCUGGCCCUGCACCAGAGGGGCAUUGGAACAGGCGCCGUACAGAUUCGGGGUCGAGCGAUGGACCUCCAAGUAUCGUGCGGAGGGACCACGGGUACCCGAUGUACACACAUAACGCAGGAACUGGAGGCCAGGGUGCUCCGCCGAGUGGUGGUGCUGCGACGUCUUCCGGGUUUCCUGGGUCGAUUCCGGCCAAACAGAACUUAUAUUAUCCUGGGUGGACAUAG